CUGCAAAACCCGUGACUGCUGCUCCUUGCUCUGUCACACUCUGCAUCUAUGGAUUGAUGAUGUGAAAGAUGCACUCGACCACGUGCAGAGCAAGUGCUGUGACGGAGCAGAAAAUGCGGCAAAAUAGAAGACCGUAAUACUGUAUGAACAAAUUACAAGACAAGAUGCUGAUAUUAGUCAGACUGGAUGAUAUGUCGACAGGAGGCCACUGAUGGAUGGGGACAAGAGAAGAUACUGACACAUCUACAGUGACUGGAAAACCGUACGAUAUGAAUGAUGGACUCACUCGAUCGAAAGGUGCAGACUGAUUAAAGGACGUUGACACUUAUUUGCGGAACAUUGGAGUAUUGUGAUCCUUCAAGACAAGUGAUGCCACAGUUCACAGAUCUGGGAACUGUUUGGCAGCAUGGCACCAGAAACAAUAUGGAGCACACUACCCUGACAGCAAGCUGCUACUGAGUGUGGGAGAAAAAGGAACUGCAAAAAAUUGGAGCAAAUCUUUUGUGGGGCAAUACACUGUGCCAGCUGGUUACCAUACGUUAUUGAAGGUGAGCAAAAUGGAGCUUUUGUUGACUGCCGGAUACCAUUAGAGUAUAUAAGACCCCAGUGACAGCUGGUUAUCUCGGAGCAUGCUGGGGUGUUGGACCGACCAGAGCUAUUGGAGAAAAUACAAUAAAACUGUGACUCUGAGCAGUGAGGAUGAAGAGACGGGGCCAGAGGUUUGUGAAGACAGACUACUAUGAAUUGGACUGGUACUAUGAAGAGUGCACUGAUGUGCUGUGUGCUGAUAGAGUUGGACAGAUGACAAAGACCUACAGUGACAUUGACGCCGUCACGCGACUGCUGGAAGAGAAAGAGCGUGACUUGGAAUUAGCAGCUCGCAUUGGUCAGUCGCUCCUCAAGAAAAACAAGGCCCUGAGUGAGAGAAACGAACUCCUGGAGGAACAAGUUGAGCACAUACGAGAGGAGGUAUCCCAGUUACGCCAUGACGUUUCCAUGAAAGAUGAGCUUUUGCAGUUCUAUACCAACGCUGCUGAGGAAAGCGAGGGGGAGUCGAUUACUCCCACACCUGUCCGACCCAGUGAGAACAACGUGUCAACACCAACUUUUUUCCCCCUGGGCUCCUUGCAGAAGAAACUGAAAGAUCUAGAAGAAGAAAAUAAAUCUCUCCGCUCUGAGGCCAGUCACUUGGAGACAGAAACACUCUGCUAUGAAGAAAAAGAGCAACAGUUGGUCAAUGACUGUGUCAAAGAACUUCGUGUUGCCAAUCUGCAAAUAUCCUCUCUGGCUGAAGAGCUGGCGAGAAAGUCUGAGGAUGCGUCCCGACAGCAGGAGGAGAUCACUCAUUUUCUCUCCCAGAUAGUAGACCUUCAGAAAAAGGCCAAAAUGUACAAUGUGGAGAAUGAAGAACUCACACAGCACCUCGGAGCUGCCAAAGACGCUCAGCGGCAACUCACUGCUGAGUUGCGUGAGUUGCAGGACAAGUAUGCGGAAUGCAUGGAGAUGCUGCAUGAGGCUCAAGAGGAGCUGAAAAACCUGAGAAAUAAAGCUGUUUCAUCAAACACACAGAGGCGUUUCCAUUCUCUGGGCUUGUUCCCAAUGGACUCUCUGGCUGCAGAAAUUGAGGGCACCAUGCGGAAAGAACUGCAGAUGGAUGACCCAGAUGUUGAGGAGCUAAGACUGCAGCCAAAGCGUGUUUUCCAAACCGUGAAAAACCUCAACCUUAUGCGUCAGCAGCGUUCGUCGCUUGCCCCCUCUCCGCUCAACAUCCCAGGUUCCAAUCAGUCAUCAUGUAUCACUUCGGGCCGCUCCAGCAGGGUGGGCACACCUUGCUCCAACUCCAUGUACAGCGGCGAAACAGGAAGUGGAAUCAUGCUGGACAACAGAAGUAGCUGCAUUCUGGAGACCCCAGAUAACGGGUUAGAAGACUCAAACAAGCGGCCCCCUGGCACCCCGGGGACCCCAGGCAGUCGGGACCUGGAGACAGCCUUGCGGCGUCUGUCUCUACGCCGCGACAACUACCUCUCAGAAAAACGUUUCUUUGAAGAGGAGAGGGAGAGGAAGUUGGCCUACCUGGCCAAAGAGGAGGAAAAAGGGGGCAGCGAAUGUAGUGGAGGCCCUGGGACACCGACAGAGAGCCUGUUCUCGCUCUGCUCGCAUCCAUCUUUGGGGAGCAUGUGGUCGGGAUACUCGUUCACCGCCAGAUCUUACCUCCCGGAGAAGCUGCAGAUUGUAAAGCCGCUAGAAGGUUCUGCUACACUCUAUGCAUGGCAGCAGUUGGCUAAACCCCACAUGGGCGCUUUGCUGGAUGAUCGGCCCGGUGUGGUCACAAAGGGCUUCCGCACUUUAUCGCAUGAGCAGGACGAGGCGGAUGGCUGGCAACUGAACCAGCCGGAGGAGGACGAUGUCUCGAGUGACUCAUGUGCAGUCUUGUCGGGAGACAGCCUUUUGGACCCUUUGUACUCCAGUUCUUCACUUUGCAUCUGCUGCAGCAGAAAUGGCGCCGCUGAUGCCAGUAGCCACUCAGAAACCCUCCGUGGUGAAAGAGCAGGGACAAUCGAGGAAAUUCAUCCAAAAGGAGCGAUUCCAAGUCCAUCCCUGUCUUCCUCAACGCCAUGUUCCGCUGAAGUGAACGGGCAUGCGGACGUCACAGAACUCAGCGCAUUGGACCACAUGCCUGUCAACUUCCCAGGGAAGUGUAUGUCCCACACAAGCUCCACCUACACGUUCACCACCUGCAGGAUUCUCCAUCCCUCUGAUCAGCUGACCGCAAGCUCUGGUCUGUCCACGUGUCAGAGCAGCACAUCAUCUACUCCGGGUGUCGUCUCUGCCCCGCAUACGCCCUCUUACACACCCUGCUGCACCCCUCGCCGCCUCUCCUUCUCCCUCUCCCUUGUUGAAUCCUCCACCAACCUUCGAGACUCCACCAAGACCACCAGCACCUCGCUAGGGCUCGAACGGCUCCUGCUGGAGCACGGGAUCUCCGCGUCGGCAUGUGACCCGAGCAGCCGGGACCGAGGUCAGGCGAGAGGAGAGCGGCCCACGUCCAGUGCCGCUGCCAUGGGGGAUGAGGACAGACUGAUGAAGAAACGCCCCGACAGCCUCCUCCUCGCGCAGCUUUCCACGCCACCAAAUUCCCCCCGUUCUUGCUGCAAAUCUGCCACCGCCUGUCCAGAUUUUCAGUUCAGCCCCUCCGAUGAUGACCCGCCGUAUUUUGACACUUUCCUGGCCUCUAAGCCAGCACGCAUCAUCCUGAGGGAAGUGCUGAAUGAGGCCGAGAGGGAAGGAGAUGGCCAGACGGAUGACGAUGGUCAAACGGAGACGUUGAACCUGAGACUCGUGGAUAAACUGAAAGGCUUCCGUACCCUUCCGCAUCACACCAAUUCGUUGGCACCUGCAAGUACUCUGUUAGCCCCGUUUUGCUCUACUGGGCUCGGGAGCACUGCGCUGGGUCUGAACACAGGACUAAGGAGGAAUCUAAGUUACCCUGCCAUGGUAGGAGCCAGCAUGGCCAUGAAAGAUCCAGGAGGUCCCCACACUGCUGACAUCCUCACGCCACAUUCAAUGCAAAGCCUACAAUCACAACCAGCAGUGCACAUCCAUGACAUACGACAAACACAAAUGAAUCCCACGCUCUUUGAAAAGACACCGGGCGUUGUCUCAUCACUACCCGCAAACCAGAGACAAGCCACCUCCAGCAAAACGCUGCCAGACUCAAUUAGCAGUGGACAGUCAUGAUGAAACGACUGCAUAAACAUUAUAUCAAGUACAUCUUGUAGUUCCGAGACCAGUAUACCUUAUGACAAUAUGGAGUCUGAAAGCCUAUCUGACCAGUAUCGUUAAUUUCCCUAACAAUAGUCAUAGGAGUGAAUAUCAAGCAAAAGAAAUCGUGGCGACCGAACUAGUGCUGACCAUCUCCUGUGUCUUGCCUUCAAUAAUAAGGAUGUUUCUUUCCCAUGUGCAGACUGCACAUAUUUCAAGACAAAUCGUUUUUGAUGAAAGACUUAGAAUCCGGCGAAGCACAACCAAACAGUUUAAUUCUUCCCACUGACCUCCUCAACUUGAACAAUUGCACUCGUUCCAAAAUGAAAGACUUUAAUGUUCAUCCUGGCCUGAAUAUUAAUGAUGUGGAGCACAGCUAAGACGAAUUGUGCCAUUUUGGGACUUUUUGGUAAAAAGUUUUCAUUCAAGCGUACUAACACUCCAGCAGAUCAAGUUACAAAGCAAAGUACAGGUACCGGUAUUAAACUGCGACACUUGGGAAUCCAAAAACUUGCCUAAAUGUCUGCAAUUUGAUUUUAUUCCGGAUAAUCAGUCUCCCGCCAUUGCACUGUAAAUAGGACACAAAUGCAUUGAGACGGAUUAGUUUAUUAAGACCCCCUCCUUGAUUUAUGUGUGCAUUUGUACCUAUUCUGCACCAUCAAAUCAUGUCAUUUUUAUAUUCAGGCCAUUUUGGUAGUUCUGAGCAUAUAAUUGAUGUCGCACUGCUGUACAAAUACUAGAAAGACAAACAUUUAUUUGCUGGGUUCCGGCGGUGAUUUUAAUAAUGUGUGACUUAUUGAAAACAUCCAGGUUGGCUCUUUUAAUGUGGGUGCUUUGCCAUGAUGAAAUGUUCCGAUGUGCCUAAACACGCAUUAUCUACCGGUAGUUUUAAUUUUUGACUGCCUUGCAUCUUUACAUUAAAAGACAAAAAAUGUUUCAGAAUAAUUAAAAAGAUAGCAAAGAACCGCCCAAAUGCAUGGAAAGUGGUUCCAUCAAAGCGGAAUGUGCCCCAAUCACAAUCUCUGCUUGUUGUACAACAUGAUUGGUGGGAACCGGAACCCCGACGAACAUGAUUUGGUGUGACACAACUGUAGCCAUUACUGUAUGUCUUUUGGUCAACCAGUUAAAUAUGUCGAGUGGUUUUUGUUGUUUGUUUUUCACUAUGCCUCAAAUGAAUGUGUGAUGAAGACAUUUCUUUUUGUCCAAACGUUUUGGAAUUUGCUCACGGGAAUUCUGCAGUACGUCUGAAAUGGGCAAAGACCGACUGAUCCAAGGUGUCCGCGCAUGUCCUUGCAAAACAUGGUAUGAAAGUAUAGGAGGUCACUGCUAGGAAAGUAUCAAAUCGGCUCAUGUCUGAAUGGAUUGAGAACAAUGUUUCCCCUCACGGGUGAAAAAUGAGGUUGCACCAACGCAGUCAUACUCUUAAUCAAAUGCUUCAAACUCAAUUUUGUGUUGACUGAUUCCAAAAUGAAAUAAGUUCUGUCUCUUGAAUACUGCUUCAAUAUACCACACUGGCAGUGUUUUUGUUUUGAAAUCCGCAAUAGGUUAUGGCUAAUUUACUCUGCUAUCACUUUCCCAUUUUAAAGUUACGGCAUAUUCGAGAACAAUGUUAAAAAUGUACUGUAUGUCUGUGUGCAUUUCUGAAUGUAUUCUUCUACUCAUGUUAACUUCAAAAAAGUGUAAAGGAGUUCGUACAUGAUUGUUUUAAGAGCUAACUAUUUUCAGGGAUAGAGUGUUCUAUUUUACAGAACUGUACUCUGGAUUAAAAAUAAUAAAGAGUGAAAUAUAGGGAAAAAAA